AGUAUUGCACACGGCGCCAGUCGUCGUGCGAAGAACAUGGCUUUCAAAAUAUAAUAUUUUUUUAAAAUUAAACUAAACUUGCAAAAUCGGCAUUGGUAAAUCAAUUCUAGAGCAUCGGAGAACUAGAGCGAGAACUUGAAAUUAAAGAAGACUACAACUAUGGGACGAUAUAAUGGAAAAGCGUGUAAAUUUCUUUGUAUGUUGUGCCUUACAUCAACGUUCUUCUUCGUCGAAAUAAUUGUUGGCUAUUUGACUCACUCUCUCGCUUUGGUCGGCGAUGCAUAUCAUAUGCUCUCUGAUAUUGUGGCAUUGUUAGUUGGAUUUGCAGCUGUGAAGAUAUCGAAGAAGAAAACUAAGAAGAAUACUUACGGUUGGGUUCGUGCCGAAGUACUUGGUGCCCUCGUCAACUCGGUUUUUUUGCUGGCUUUGUGCUUUACAAUAUUAGUGGAAGCCUGUCAACGUUUAUUUAAAUCUGAAGAGAUUGAGAAUCCUACGCUCUUGCUUAUCGUUGGUAGUAUAGGUUUAGCAGUUAAUCUCAUAGGCCUUUUUUUAUUUCAUGGUCAUGCCCAUUCUCAUGGAGGACAUGCGGAAAAUGUUGCUUUAUUGACUGAAAUAAAUGAAACCGAUAAAAAAUUAGACGACGAGAUUGACGAAAAGACGGAAGAACAUAACACAACAGCUAUAUCUAGUAUUCAAAAUGGAGAUGCAAAUAUAGAGGUCAAAAUUGAAAAUGGAAAAAACUGUACCAAGAAAAAGGUACAAUCCAGUUCCCAAUUAAACAUGAAGGGGGUCUUUCUACAUAUUCUUGGGGAUGCCUUAGGAUCAGUAAUCGUUGUUAUUUCCGCCUUAAUAGUGAAGUUCGUCAAGAGCGAGUGGAGGCACAAAGUCGAUCCGGCCAUGAGUAUUCUCCUUGUUGUAAUUCUCUUUGUUACAACUCUGCCUUUAUUGAAGGAAAGUAGUCAUAUUCUCUUACAAACAGUUCCAACAAACAUAUGCAUUGACGAUUUAGAAAAGAGGUUGAAGGAAGAAGUUGAAGGAAUUGAAAGCAUUCAUGAAUUUCAUGUUUGGCAGCUAACAGGAAGUCGUAUUAUUGCCACGGCUCACAUACGAUGCCAGAACAUGAAUGAUUAUGCAAUUAUUUCUGAAAAAGUUAAAAAAUUCUUCCACAACGAAGGAAUUCAUUCCACAACUGUGCAGCCUGAGUUUAAUAUGGUAUGCGAAUUUCUAACUCACAAAUAAUUAAUUAUAAUGAUCUUUUUUUUAUCUUAAAGCCAAUUAAAGCUAGUUCUUCAACUAGUGCAGACUUUGAAACCUCUCGCCAAUGUAAUCUUGAGUGUGGUCCCGACCAAUAUUGUCACCCAAAUACGUGCUGUGGUAUUACAAAAAAAAUAAAUAAAUAGGCUUUUUCUGGGAGCUAGACAAUUAUUGUAAAUUUUCUUUCCUUAUAUUACAAUUUUUGUUUUCUGAAAGUUCUCUUCAUAUCCAUUCUAUUUCACUUUUUGUUCUUUUUUUCUAUGAUAGUCAAGAUCUGAUUACUGUUUUGUAGUCAUCUUAUGCAAAUGUGCUUUAUACCUUUCCUUCUAUCCGUCUUGAGUAGCCUGAAGAGUGAACUUUAUUCUUAAUUUUUUUGUCCAUACGUGCUAUUGUCAAUUUUAUUUUAUUGUUUCUAAUGAAUAAUGCUAGUUCGAAUACAAAAAUUAUAGUAUUGAAUUUUCAAACAUUUCUUCAGAAAUAUUUAUGUUUGAGAUCAAAUUUGU